CUCGCGCUUUACCAUGCGGCCAUCUGGAAGAACCUAGUCCCCCCUUAUCAUGAAGGUUCUUCGAUUGCAGGUUCUAGUCUACUAUUCUGAUAUUCUAUAGUUUGCUGUUAUCUGACUUUUGUUCGAACAUCUAGGUGUUAUCAUUUUACGGCCUACUCCUUUAUACAAGUUCUGCAUCAUGACGGCUUCUAGUGGUCGAGAUAGUGCCUCGCAGUCCCGUUUGUGGAUGCGGGGAUUGCAAGAGGUUCUUAAGAAGGAGGUUAUCGAGAAAGACGGAGAUGAUCAAGACGCUAUGGGCAUUCGGGAGGCCCUUAGGCACGAAAAGACACUUUCCUUCGACCAGUUCCUUCAGUACGUCCUCCACGAUCAGUCAUCGUCCAAGGAUCAUGAUACAUCAAGCGCCCUACGUGCUGUCGCAGAAACACUUGCUUUCAAAGAAUGCAUUGCUCUAUACGUUUUAUCUCUAGAAAAACAAGAAAGCAUAGGUACUGGCAGGAAUGACUCGGGCGCAUUUGCGAGACUGGUCGACUGUGCGCUGAAUAUGCUCUACAAGGCGGAGUUUCUGCCCCAUCCCUCUGUAUCAAGUGAUAUAGCUGCGUUUUACGACGUAGAUGGCGCGCCUGCCGGGCUGUCCAGAGUGUCGUGUUCUGCCAACGCUGGAGAGGAAGCCCCCA